AUGGAGAGAACAGGCAGGAUCAAACCAAGAAACAAAAAUGAACAAGAUAUGAUUUUGGAGGAGUUACUGAAAAGCGUUGGUGACGACUCAGAAAUAGAAGGUAUGUCGGAUGAUGAUGUGGAAGAAUCAACAAUAGUCAACUUGACAAAUUCUCUUAGGCAAGAUCCACUUGGUCAUUUAUUUCAGUUACUAAACAAUAACGAAGAAGAUUUAGAGGGGGAAGAUCAGGGUAAAGGUACCAAUCUUCCAAUGGCUAAAGAGAUGGGGUUAGGGCCAGCAGUUGUUGUAAGACUGAAAGAGAGUAUUCCUCCAUUAAGUGUAUUGUACUUUGAUAGAUAUUUCACAACUAUCUCUCUGAUGGAAAAACUUAUUGCUGAACAAUUUUAUGCAACUGGAACUAUGAUGACAAACAGACUUAGGGAAAUAAGAUUUAAUCCAGAACAUCUAAAGCGGGGGCAGUAUGAAGAAAGAGUGUCUCCAGAUGGCAAGUUAGUGGCUUUGAAAUGGAUGGAUAACAAUAGUGUUGUUAUUCUUUCAUCGGUGUGUGGGAGUCAACCAGUGACACUCGUUCAAAGAUGGUCCAAGAAAGAAAGCGUGUACAUAAACUUUGAGUGCCCUGCAGCAAUAGUAACAUACAAUAAGAACAUGGGAGGAGUUGAUCUGUUAAACCAACUGAUUGAAGUUUUACAGAACCUGGUUUAA